AUGUCCCCUUCGAAGGUCAAGUUGAGGCUAUUGUCAAAAGGUCUUAUGAACGAUUUUGACUAUGACUCGAUUAGUGAUGCUGAAGUUAAAAACACUUAUGAGGCUGAAUUUUCAGAAGACACUUUUGGUACCAUCAAAGCUGUUGUUAGUAAAAAGGACGUUCCAUCUAAGGCUUCCAAAUGUGGAAAGGUUGUAUGCCUCGACUACAAUAGGUUUGUAAUGACAUUAGCAAAUGACAAUCAAAGAGGUUCAUCAGCAAAUGCAGUGCGCGGAGCAUUUAUCUUGGUAUCAAAAUUAACACGGGCUUCAGUACCAAGAAGAGACAAUGGAAUGACGAGAAUGAAUAUCGACUCUUUUUAUAGCAAGACGUCAGUGGUGUGUUAUGAUCUACAAGGAAAGUUAUUGCCGAUCACAAAAGAUAAGCCCAAAGUGAUGAAUAAGAAAUCUAUCUCAGGUCCUGUCUGUUCUUUAAAGGAGUUGUUUUUGAUAGUUUGA